ACCGGGGCCGAGAGGAAAGCCGCCGGGCUGUGGCGCGCAGGGGGCUCCUCAGAGGGCGCCAUGAUGCUGCGUGGGGCUCCUGAGGGACAGGCCACGGCUGUCACCCGGCCCCUGUCCACGGCUUCUGUGCUCUGCCAAGUUGAGCCUGUGGGGCGAUGGUUUGAAGCAUUUGUUAAGAGGAGAAACAUGCAUGUUUCUGCCUCUUUCCAGGAGCUGGAAGAUGAGAAAGAGCUCUCUGAAGAGUCGGGAGAUGAAGAACUACAGCUGGAAGAAUUUCCUAUGUUGAAAACACUUGAUCCAAAGGACUGGAAGAAUCAGGACCACUAUCUGGUUCUUGGACUGGGACAUAUGCGAUUCAAGGCUUCUCAGAAACAAAUUAAAGCAGCUCACAAAGCCAUGGUGUUGAAACACCAUCCGGACAAGCGAAAAGCAGCAGGAGAGCAGAUAGGUGAAGGAGACAAUGACUACUUUACCUGUAUAACAAAAGCCUACGAAAUUUUGUCAGAUCCUGUGAAAAGGCGAGCUUUUAACAGUGUAGAUCCUACUUUUGAUAACACAGUUCCUUCUAAAAGUGAAGCAAAAGAAAAUUUCUUCGAAGUUUUUUCACCAGUUUUUGAAAGAAAUGCCAGGUGGUCAAACAUAAAAAACGUGCCAAAGCUUGGAGAUGUAAACUCAUCAUUUGAGGAGGUAGAUGCAUUUUAUUCAUUUUGGUACAAUUUUGAUUCUUGGAGAGAAUUCUCUUACUUAGAUGAGGAAGAAAAAGAAAAAGCAGAAUGUCGAGAUGAGAGGAGGUGGAUUGAAAAGCAGAACAGAGCAACUCGAGCGCAAAGAAAAAAGGAAGAGAUGAACAGAAUAAGGACACUCGUUGACACUGCAUAUAGCUGUGAUCCUAGAAUAAAGAAGUUCAAGGAAGAAGAAAAAGCAAAGAAGGAAGCAGAAAAGAAAGCAAAGGUAGAUGCAAAACGAAAAGAACAGGAGGAAAAAGAGAAGCAAAGGCAAGCAGAAUUGGAAGCAGUCCGGUUAGCCAAGGAGAAAAAAGAGGAAGAAACUAGACAACAAGCACUGCUGAUUAAGAAGGAGAAAGACAUACAGAAAAAAGCAAUUAAAAAGGAAAGGCAAAAGCUGCGAACCAUCUGCAAGAACUGGAAUUACUUUUCUGACAACGAGGCUGAGUGUGUUAAGAUGAUGGAGGAAGUGGAAAAGCUUUGUGAUCGUCUGGAGUUGGCAAGUCUGCAGUGCUUGAAUGAAGCACUUACCUCCACAACAAGGGACGAAGGAAAGGCUGCUGUAGAAAAACAGAUAGAAGAAGUAAAUGAACAGAUAAGAAAAGAGAGAGAAGAAGCAGAUGCUCGUUUGCGACAGACAACAAAAAGUUCUGAGAAAUCAACCGGUGGAGGUGGUGGCGGAAGUAAGAACUGGUCAGAAGAUGACUUGCAGUUGCUUAUUAAAGCUGUAAACCUCUUCCCUGCUGGGACUAAUUCAAGGUGGGAAGUUAUUGCCAAUUAUAUGAAUUUGCACUCUACUACUGGAAUAAAGCGAACAGCAAAAGAUGUCAUCAACAAAGCAAAGAGCCUCCAGAAACUUGACCCUCAUCAAAAGGAUGAUAUCAACAAAAAGGCUUUUGAUAAAUUUAAAAAAGAGCAUGGUGUUGUGCCAGAGACAGAGAUUGCUACACCAUCCGAACGGUUUGAAGUACCAUUUACAGACUCCUCUCCUUGGACCACAGAAGAGCAAAAACUUUUAGAACAAGCUUUGAAGACCUAUCCAGUGAAUACUCCUGAAAGGUGGGAGAAAAUAGCAGCUUCUGUCCCAGGCCGAUCUAAAAAAGACUGCAUGAAGCGAUAUAAGGUAGGCAAAUGCUAUUCUUGGUUUUACUUUAAGAAUAUAUACAUACAGUUAGGCCAUUAUUUGAUUACCAAAACAUUAUUAGACAUGGAGGUAAGUCCUUAGAACACAUAAGUGUUCUCUUCCACAACCUUUACUCUCUCUUCUGUGCUAUAGGAACAGUAACUUUUCCUUGGGCAACAACAUGACCAAAGUUUAACAGCUGUUUGCUGAGAACCAUUAUUAGCAACUCUACUUCUCUAGAUUGCUCAAGAUGGCACAGCAAACUUUCAUAUACUUUUUCUACAGCAGGAUAGAAGCCAUCCAUCUGGGACUGACUGUAGUACACAGUAGUACCACAUAUAACUCCAGACAACCUUAAUUAGGGAAGUUCCAGGGAAAUCUGUGCCCUGAGUAUAACUGAAUUCAUGUUAAGGCCUCCUUAGUGAUUAAAGGUGAGUGGGUAGGAAGAAGCAUCACUACACGAAAAACUGGCCAGUAUGUGGGCAGAGUAGGAUACUUUGCUUGUGGUCCUCACUUCAGCUGUGUGCUGCUUAGGUUAGAAUCCAGCAAGGAUGAAUGUAUAGAUCAGUGAGGGCAAAAAGGUCCAAACUCCAGCCAGCCAGAAACAAACAGGACCUGCCCAGGAAAUGCUAUUAGUUAAGGGAAAUUUAGUAUGAACAAUUUAGUACGAACAAGCUUCUUUCUUUUCUGUUUUAGGAACUUGUUGAAAUGGUGAAAGCAAAGAAAGCUGCCCAAGAGCAAGUACAGAAUGCUGCUAAAACGAAGAAAUGAGAUUCUC